AUGAAAUUAAAUCCUCAAGAUGAUGGUUUAGUAUUCAACAACAACAACAACCACAACAAAAGUAGUAGUAAUAAUGCAAUCGAGCCAGUAUUCAAUAAUUGUUUUUUGUUUAGAAAGAUUGUUGGAUUGGUACAAUCAAUUGGUCAAACACUUCAACACCAACAAAAGAGUUAUAGGUAUAAUGAAUUACCAAAUGCACGUUGGGUACUCGAGAAUGGCUAUGAAAAGUUACUAAAGUUGUUGUCGGAUCGGGGUGAAUUGGCACCGCUCUGGGAAUGUGAUAGUGGCAUCGAACUGUUCUUUACAAAGAUCAAGGAUCGUCAACUGCUACUAUCCAUCUAUCAUCGUGACCCUUUAUUCUUUUGUGGUGGUGAUUGUGCUAGCAUCGAGUAUGCUUGUCUCAGAGGUGACGUAGAGAUUGUAAAGAUGAUGGUCGAUCAAGUGAAACCGUUUGAAUUGCCAAUUGGAGACAAUGCACUAAGUUAUGCAAUCCAAUCAAACUCGUUUGAAUUGGUCGACUACUUGUACGACCACCAUGUCACUAUCGGAGCAAGAAGAUUCAAACAUUCAAACAACUCCCUAUCGAUUGGUAAUCUCGUCCAUGGUACUUGGCAAAAAGAAGAAGAAGAAGAAGAAGAAGAAGAAGGGUACCUACCAUUUAAUUGUAUCAACUUUAAAACAACCAAUCUUGAAAUGAUACAAUUUGUAUUGGCCAAGGAAGACAAACAAGCAGCAACACACAAGGUUGCCAAGAUUCAGUUUAAUCUAGAGUCAUUGCUAGGUCACACGGAUCUGCUCAACUGGGUACUCGCAAAUCACUUGGAAAAGUGUAUUUGGGGUAGCAAGUCUAGUAGGACACUUGCACAAAUUCAAGAAGAGGUUGAAAAGGCUGUCACUAAAUCAACCAAUGCUAUCGAAUGUGCCGAACAUCUGUCAAAGAGUUUGAUGCCAUUUAAAGCCAUAUACCAGUCAAUCAAGCAAAUCGUUGACAUGGACCUAGAGAGUAACACAGUUGCACCAAUUUUAGACGCUCCCAUUCCAGCUUUACAAGAAAGAAUCAAAGGAGAAGAAGACACCACAGAUCCAAUCUACUAUCCAAUGGCCAUUUUGACUAUUUGGGAUUGUGAAUGGUACCAUCAGGCAGUCAUGGCCUAUUUAGUAAAGACUGACCAUCCAAUACUAUAUGCACUUGAAGAAAACGAUGUACUAGCCAACCCCGGCUCAUUUCUAUUCACAUCGGAAUGUAUAUUAACCAUCAAGCAAGCCAGACAUGUUUACGAGAGGUUAAGAAUUACUCCAACAUGUGUUGGUGACUCGUUGGGGACAUUCAACUAUAUGGAAGGUUGGGAUUUCAGCUCUGACAUGAUUCGAAUGGAUUUUUCCUUACGACAAUUCAAUGUGGCCAUACAUCAAUGCAACUUUGCAAUGGUUCGACUUAUUGCAGACAAUGGUCUGUUGUUUGGUACAAGAACAAACCCAAAUAUACGACUUGCUGAAGAUGCCAAGAUUGCAUUCUCGCUUCAUGCCAAGGCAACUAGACAAGACUAUAUUGACAUGUCAAAAUUGUUGUUUGAAAAUAGUCACUUUGCUCGCAAGUUUGGUCCAACAACAAUCGAACAUCCAACAGAAUACUUUACCGAUUACAUCUUGCAAUGUCUAUCAUAUCUACCAAGUCAAGAGGCAUUAUAUUGUGCCAUGUCAUUUAAAGGUGAUUACAUAUUGCGAGAAUAUAUCAGAAAAGAGAGAGAAAGAAAUCCAUAUGGAAUCGGUACGGUUGAAUGUUUGGGAUAUGGUUCGGAGAGUAUUCAACAAACUGAACUGGCAAUUGCAUCAUUAUUGGGUGGAGAUGUGUAUCGUCUGUAUGGAGACUAUGUCAAUAUCUUAUGGGACGAUUUACAUUCAAUGUUGUUUGGAGUGGUUCUUCUUGACAUGGAUAAAUUCUACCUAUUCAAAGUAUUGAUUGAUUACAUGGAAAUGAAAUCAAAGCAACCUAACCAGCAGCAAGGAUUAAACCUCGAGCAUAUAGCAUCGACAGUAUCGGCAUAUGGAAGAUCCGAACAUAUUAAAGAGGUUCUUUCUAGAUUCAAGGUUGACAAAAAGCAAAUGAUAUGGAUGCAAAAAGCAGCCAGCGAGUCUGGUAAAAGAAGUACUCUCCAAUUCUUAAUCGAACAUACCCAAUGUGAUGAAACCGAACGCUACCAUUUCACAACAGUCAAACAAAACAACUAUCUAUUAAAGGAUAUCAAAAGAAUUGAAUUUAUUUCAGAUACAGCUAAAUUAAAUAUUGAUUCUUAUUUAAUUGGAAUCAUUGAUCAAUAUGAAAUGCCAAAAUAUAAUAAUAAUGAUAAUGAUUGGUAA